GGCCGCGGCGGCUGUGCGAGGCGCUGUGUGAGAGAGGAGGAAGAUGGCGGUGACGCACGGACUGCUGGCGGCCGGACUGCUCCGCAGGCGGGUGGCCAUCGUCACUGGCGGCGGCACCGGCAUUGGCAAGGCCGUUGCCUCCGACUUGCUGGCGUUAGGUUGCAAUGUUGUUAUUGCCUCUCGUAAAUUUGACCGACUAAAAGCUGCUGCAGAAGAACUGAGUAAUAAAUUUUCUUCCAUCAGUCCUGCCAAAGUGACUCCCAUACAGUGCAAUAUCCGCAAUGAAGAUGAGGUAGAAGCUUUGAUGAAGUCUACAUUAAGUCUGUAUGGGAAGAUUGACUUCCUGGUGAAUAAUGGAGGGGGCCAAUUUGUAAGUCCUUCUGAAUCCAUGCAUGCAAAAGGCUGGAAUGCUGUGAUAGACACAAAUCUGACAGGGACCUUCUACUGCUGCAAAGCAGUGUACAAUGCUUGGAUGAAGGAACAUGGAGGAGUCAUUGUCAACAUUAUUAUUACCACGAGAAAUGGGAUUCCUGGAAUGUCGCAUUCAGGAGCUGCAAGAGCUGCAGUGAAUAACCUAACCAAGACUUUGGCUAUAGAAUGGGCCCACAGCGGUGUAAGAAUCAACAAUGUUGCUCUUGGACUAGUUUUUUCAGAAACUGCUGUUGAAAAUUAUGGAGAACAAGGUACAACGAUGUGGUUAAAGAUCAUACCAAAUAUCCCUGCCAAGAGGUCAGCGGUUCCUGAGGAGAUCUCUCCUGCAGUGUGUUUCCUGCUCUCUCCAGCUGCUUCUUACAUAACUGGGAUAACUCUGACUGUGGAUGGUGGCCAAAGUUUAUAUAGGGCUCCCCUAGACAUACCGGAUCAUGACAGAUGGCCCUCACCACCAGAAGGAAAAAAUUCUGAAAUGCUUAGAAAGCUGAUUUCUGGCAAAUUCAAGCCAAAGCUGUAAAAAGAAUGAUAUUUCACCUUAUUCCUAGUUGCACACUUGCUGGUAAUCUUGCUUUGUGAUUUGGGUUGCUUACUCUCAGUUAUUUUUUUUUCUUUUUUUUUCUUUUUCUUGUACUUAACUACAUUGAGUACCCUGAUCUUUGUUGAUUUAUAUUUUAAACUUGAAAGGCAGUACAUAGUGAAUUUCUUCUCUGAAAACACUUACUGCCCUGAAAACAUUCAGUCUCCCAGGGAAGUAAGGUAUAAAAGACGUUCUGCAUUUGUACAAGCAUUAAGAGUCUGAGACAGAAGUGAAUAAAUAACACUUAUUUUGAAGUAAAGGGAGUAGAGAGGGAAUGUUGCUGAUGAAUUUGGAGAGAAAGUUAUUUAAAUCUCUGUUAUUAGUUGCAUUGAUAAUCCUUGACGUAGCUGUUAGCUCUACCCUGUUUCUGUUCUGCCACACACUGAGCGUUCAACGAUGAUUUGAAGACUGAGUAGGUAUUUCUCUACUCAGAGUUAAAAAUACUCUCUACUCUCUCCUCAGAAUUAAAAAUAAGGCAAAGUACUGUUAUUAAUCUUUCAAACUGCUAUUGGCAUAUCGUAUUGGAAAUGUUUUUAAUUGUUUGCAGAUACAGCGACAUAAUGGAGUUAACUUGGUCGCAACUUAAGUUUGAUAAUCAGAUAAUAAGCUUUAACAUACAGUGAUGGAAAAUAUUAUAUAUUCAACAAUUUAACAUGAAAAAUCUUGAAGCAAAACCUGUGGUGUAUAUUAGAGUGCCUUCUGCAGUAUGCUAUAUUGUGAAAGCAGAAACUUGGAAUCCUUAAUUUACUUCUUAAAAUGCUUUCUAUUCAUACUCUGUUCUCAUACAGUGUUAAUGCAGUUUUGUUUAUCAGUGUCUCAACGCAGUGUGAUUUUUGUGAUCAAUGGAGAGAUUCCAUUUAAAAAACAGAAAUCUUGCAAUAUAUCACUUGAAGAGGCUAUAUUUGUCAUUACUCACUUUUUAAAAUUCACUUCAAGGCAAUUGUUCCCAUGUCUGGUAACUUUAUGUUUGCUGCAACAACUGAAAUUUGUGGAAUCAAGUUGCCUCUAUAGAAGUCAUCUCUUUAAUACUUCAUUUUGGGUUGAAUGUAAGAGUCUCUGCAAAGAGAAUCUUUGGCUGUUUGUUGUAUGCAAAGUGUUUGACUUUUAAGUCUUUCAUUAAAAUAUGGGAACUUGCAUACAUACGUGUAAAUUGCUUUUUCUUUUGAAAACCUGAAUGCGAGUUUGAGGGGAGGGUUUUGGGACCAAAAUGCUUUCUCCUUUUGAUAUGGCCUCUUUCCUUAGUAACUGGGUGCUCAUUUGUAUGAUAUAAGCUUGUACAAAGAUAAAAAUCAGCUUUUAUCAAACCUCUUGUGAAAGGUGUAUUUUUAUUAUUGCAAAUAUUAGUUCAGGGUACACAGCAAGAAAAUCCCUGGAAGAAAAUGCACCCAUUAGAUGAUUAACUAUAGCAGCCUGGCCCAUUGCAUUUAAGGAAAAUUAUUUUGUUUGUUAAGAGAUUAUUUCUACAUUCUUCACAAUUUUCUGUGAAAGAAGAUUAAACAUGAACAGGCUUGAGACUUGUGCAGUUUAUUUUCUCUUCACAUUUGACUGUGAGCUUCUGUGAUACAUGUGGACUAUAGACUUGAUGUGAAAUGGAAGUGAUUUGAUAAAACCAAAUUACUUUCACUAUAUCCCAGAACUUGAUUGAGCAUAAACUUGGAAAUAAUGAUUUUA